GGCAUUAAAGUUUGCCACGCUGCAUGCCAUUUGACCCAUUACUCUAGGCUUGAGAGAGCGAUACGGAGAGAAGCGACCAACUUUUCGAAUCUCGAUCGGUGGCCCAUGGCAGCAGUAGCGGCUAGCUGCUGCAAGCCUUCUUCAUUUUUGGGGCAAUUCCACUCAUCUUCCAGCCAUCAUCCAGACAAUAAGAGGAUUGAUUUGCAGGGGAAAUCACAAUGUACACAAAUAUCAGGGACUUCAGUUCCGGUUCCUAGAAUUACUGCACUAUUUUGGGGAUCGAGGAAGUCCACAACACCACAAGAGGUGGGCUUGUCGCUUGGGGAUUUCACUUUGACAGGGUCAACCUCCAAGGACAUUUCGGCAAAUGAGGUGAAACCUAAAAAGAUAUCACUUUCAGUUGUUUCUUCAAUCUUAGAGGUUUCAGCCAAUGAUUGGGAUGCUUGCACUUUGGAUGCCACCUCCCCUGAAAAAUACAAUCCUUUUCUUACUCAUGCUUUUCUUUCAAGCUUGGAGGAGUCUGGCUGUGCAGUAAAGGAGACAGGAUGGAUGCCACGCCAUAUGAUUGCAAAGGAUGAAUGUGAAAAUAUUUUAGGUGUUGUUCCACUCUAUCUUAAAAGCCAUUCCUAUGGUGAAUUUGUUUUUGAUCAUUCUUGGGCUGAUGCAUACUACAGUUUUGGGGCAAAAUAUUAUCCAAAGUUGCAAUGUUGUGUACCUUUUACUCCUGUAACUGGUCCAAGAAUUUUAAUUCGUAAUACCUCUUUCAAAGAUCAAGUUUUUGAUGUUUUGGUCUCUGCUCUGAAGGAUCUGACAGCUAAGUCUCAGCUUUCAUCACUGCAUAUCACCUUCCCAUCUGAAAUUGAGUGCCAAAAACUGAGGGGAAAAGGUUUUCUGCAGAGGAUCGGAAUGCAGUAUCACUGGAAAAAUCGCAACUAUAAGAAUUUUGAUGAGUUUCUGAUGGACAUGAAACAAAGUAAGAGGAAAAAUAUUCGACAAGAACGCAAAAAGAUUUCUGUGCAAAACUUGACCAUGAAACGGCUUAGGGGUUACGAGAUAAAGGCAAAGCACUGGGAUACUUUUUAUAAAUUUUACAGGAACACCACCAAUAACAAGUGGGGUAGUCCUUAUCUAACAAGGGAUUUUUUCCACCACAUGGGAUCAAAGAUGGGGGAUCAGGUACUACUUGUUGUUGCUGAAGAAGGGGAAGAACUUGUUGCCGGUGCUCUUAAUCUUAUUGGAGGAGAUACUUUAUUUGGGCGGCUAUGGGGAUGCCAGCCUCGAGCUUACUAUCCAAGUUUGCAUUUUGAAGCAUGCUAUUACCAGGCUAUAGAAGCAGCUAUUGAACUUGGUCUGAACACAGUCGAGGCAGGAGCUCAGGGUGAUCACAAAAUUCAGCGGGGUUAUCUACCUGUUACAACUUAUAGCUGCCAUUACCUUAUGGAUGAAGGUUUCAGAAAGGCCAUAGAGGACUUUCUAGUGCGUGAAUCAAGUCAGGUUAGGCUUGUCAUGAAACUAUUACAUGAUUCUGGUCCCUAUAAGGAAGGUAUACAACAGACAUAAGAAAACAAAGCCCCAACUUAAACGGGAAUCAACACAUUUCUUGGUACUUGGCGUGUGAAUGUAUGCCCCUUUCGUCUUCACAUAGUUAUCCAAUUAUGCAAUUUUUCGUCGAGGUUCUGUGAGUAAUUUAUGUCCCAGCUUAAUUUAUAUUGUUGUGACCAUAUAUUUGUCUAGGUAAUUAGCUAUCUGGGAUUUGCUGGCUCUGCACUUAUGUGAACAUGUAAAUCGUAUCCUGAUAUCUUUUAAGAGCUCCGGUAAAUAUUCCGAAUAAAUUCCUCUCUAUAGAUGCCUCUGGUAUUAUUCAGAAGUUGAGCAUA